AUGGACGAGCCUCCAGGAGAGACCAAAGCGCUCAUGUUUAGUAGCUUUCUACCUUUGCCAUUUAGGAUACUACUAUUAGUUCAAUUGGGAGUCACGCUAUGGUUUAUGCUUAACCUUUUACUAUAUAACUUGUCUUCAUCGAUAAACAUUCUUCAACUAUUGAAUUUGUCUUACACGAAGCAUAAUUAUGCCCAACUUGAUAACCAUGUAUUGUCUAGUGGAGAGUUUGCAACCACGAUUCCUGCUGACCGCAAGGAAAAUUUACGCUUGAUCAAAGGUAUUUGGGCUACUCUUCGGAGUAUUUCGAUAUUCAAUUUUGUUUGUUGGUUAAUAUUUAAAGGUUUACAAUAUUAUGGAAAAGAUUUGAAAAUGAUAUAUUAUAGUAUCCUAUUAGUACUGUUUACUCAUCUAUUUUACAAGCUUUUUUACAAGACAGCCGCCACGCCAGGCCAGAUAAGAGUAUUCACUACAAUGAAGAGAAUACUUUGUGGUUCGAUCAAUUCUAGGUCUAUGAGAGCCAACGACAUUUUGAUUAGUGAUUCAUUAGUUUCAUUUGGAAAAGUUUUGAAUGAUUUUGCGUUGUUUGUAUGGUGCUACUGUAUAGGCGAGGCAAGUGCAUAUGACUUUAGGCUCGAGUUUGUGGUACUAUGCAUACCCAUUUUUAUUCGUAUCAAACAAUGUUGGUACGAAUAUUCAAUUACUCAAAAACCGCAGCAUUUGUUGAAUUUGGUCAAGUACUCAACUGGGUUUGGUCCGCUCGUUGUGAAUUCUUUGAUCAAGAAUAGAUUAUUGAGCUCAUCGGCAGAGGAAAGAGACUCAGGAGAUUUAAUUCAACAUUUGACCAACCUUAAUCAUUGGUGGUAUUUUCUCUCGGCAUUGAACUCAAUUUACUCCUUCAUUUGGGAUAUUAAAAUGGACUGGCACUUACAAUUGUUUAACAAAGUGAUAAAUCCAAGAGAGAAAUUCAGUGUAUUAAGACCUUACAAAGCAUAUCCCAACAUUGUAUAUAUAUUAGCGAUAAGCAUCGAUUUUCUACUUCGGUUUAUUUGGGUUUUGAAAUUAUUCAUCAUUAAUGAGGAGUUGAGACUGGAUACAAAGAUUAGUUAUCUACACAUUUUUUCAACUUUUUUGUUUGGUUAUGAUGUUUAUUCAUUUGGCUAUCAUAUUAUUGAAAUCUUGGAGAUAUUUAGAAGAUGGGUGUGGUGCUUCAUCAAGUUGGAGAGCGAUUGGGUUCAGUUGAAAUAUGAAGAUCGAGCCGUUUUUGCAUUGAAUGAACUUGUAAAGGACGAAAACAACAAAAGCACGUAG